AUGUCUUAUUACGCUUUACUGUUAUCCACACAAGAACGUCACAGGAAUAAAAUCACAAUCUUUCGCGGUUUUAUCAAACAGGAUAUAGUUAGUUGGGUUCUGACUAAGUCGAAGCCUCCUUGUUUAUUAUCAACUUUAGCCUUGCCUCUAGAAAUCAAGAAUAGUAUGCUAAACGAUAUCGAAGCUUUCCUGAGUCCUAAAGAAAGAGCCUUUUACGAGCGUUGUGGUAUGCUAUACCGCCGAGGUUAUCUUCUCUAUGGUCCUCCCGGAACUAGAAAGUCAAGUAUAUGCUUUGGCGCCUUUAGCUUGAUAUCUAUACACCUUCUAAGACGUUGUAUUGUGCUCCUUAAGGAUGUGGAUAAUGCUAGAAUUAGCCAAGACUCCUAUCGGCGGAUAAAGGAUCCUGGUAAUACUAGUAGAGUGGAGAAUUCGCGCCAAGAAAAUAAGCUUGACGGCGCUGGCAUUUCUUUAUCGGCCCUUCUGAACUACAUUGAUAGCGUUAUAGCACAGGAGGGCUAUAUUCUUAUCAUGACUACGAAUCAUCUAGAAAAGCUUGAUCCGGCCUUGAUUCGAGAAGGCUGGGCGGACAAAAGAUAUCACUUUGACUUCGUGGACACCAUAAGCGCUAAGCAGCUCUUUUAUGCUUUUUUUGAUAAGGCGUCUUUAUCUAUCCCUUCGAUUAGUGUAGAAAGAAAAUUAAAUGAUCGGUCGAUAUAG